CUCAUAUAACACAUAGAUUACAAGAGAAUAGAACAAUGACAGAAUAUUUUUUUCUCUAUGGUGUUUGACGGUUACUCACUAUUCCCCAAGACGAUAUGAGAAGUACAAGAUUAAUAAAAAGUAAAUAACCCAUUUAUAAAGAAAAAAGUAGGAUAUUUACUUAUCAAUAAUAUCAAUAAAUACUAAAGAAGACUCAUAAUGGAUGGAAAUGAUGGUACCACGAUGGCGGAAGUCAGUCAUGAUAAUAUUUAUAUGCCGAUCUACGUGCUGACUGCAGUCUUUGGGGGUAUAUUCGUCAUAGGUCCGUUUCUGGUACCGAAACGAGAAAACCGAGAGCUUAUUCAACAAUGCAUUAUGAUGACGGCAUUCUGCAUGUGGAUUCUAUGGGUGACCAUAUACAUCGCACAAAUGCACCCACUCACGCCGCCGCGGCUGAGGAACAAGACCAUGGCCUGGCUCGUUAAUACCAAUAGAGAGCCAGCUUCACCGCCGAGCGCCGUCACUGAGACGACCGAGCAGCCGAUUUCACCGUCGGGCCCCCUCGAGGAUCCAACCCAAAGUACGACGCCCGACCCCCGGGGUGAACCUCCACCUCCGAACCCAUAAUCACUCAUCGUCAUUAUACAGGAGUACGACGCCCACUGUUGAACAUAGAUCUUCCACAUAAAUAUCCACCCCGAUCGGUCCUGCGCCACUAUCAAUCAUCAGCUUCCCGCGACCUUCGCUAGAUCGUUGGUCCACCUCGUGAGAGACCUGCCCUCUGAGCGUCGACCGAUGCGUAGUCGCCAUUUGAGGACCUUUCCGCCUCAACGGCUAUGAGUUCUCGUAUUAUAAUAACUUGCAUGCUUGCAAUUACCCACGAUACGAACCUUCGUUUGUUUUUUUCGUCUUUUCCUUUUAGUAUUCACUUAGACAAUAGCCCGCAUGGAUGUUUCAUGCCAUAGUUUGUCAUUGGUCGAGACUUGGAGAGCGUUACAAACUCAAGCCGUUACGAUUGGUUACAAAUAGAAUGUUCUUCCAAACCACGUAAAGCAUGUCAGCCACCUCAUUUUUACGCUGGAGCUUUUGCGUGCAACUCAAGGUUUGCCAAACGUGUAAAUACGGCAUUUGGCACGUCGGGUAAUAUUAUUUCAUGGUAAAAGUAUUUCUAAAAUUGUUAGUAAUGAAUAUGAAAAUGGAACUAUUUAGGCUUAGUUUGUAUGUAUUUGUUUUCUUCAGAACAAGAGUGGUAUAGGUAGGUUCCUAAUUUAGAUUUCUUUUGAAUUAGAACAGUGAAUGUAUAAUGUCAUAUUAAUAUAAAGAAAUAAAUAUUAUUUUAUUAAACUCAUGUUAUACUUAAGCAUUUCCUAUAAUUAUGGAUUACCACUUCAAUUAUAAUUUGUCUAAUUGUCUAUGUGUAGCCUUAAUUAUUUUUUCAAUAAGUUUCACUGUUUUUGCUUUGAUGUACACUUUUGAUAAUCUAAUUUGUUUACAAGAAACAAUAAUGCUAAAGGAAUGGAGGUUUAUUUAUUACGUUUCAUUUUAAUUGUUCCGUGGUGCUAAAAGUUAAUCUAUCUUCAACUUACUGAUACAUAUUUUAGUUAAGCA